UGCGCGGGCGGCGCGCCGCCGGAGUCGUUAGUCAGUGGCGUCGGGGCGCGGCGCAGGGUCACGCCGAGUGCGUCUGCCAGGUGACUGAGGAGCGGUGUCAGUGAACGGCAGGGCGGCGGCUCGAAAACCGGUGUGACGGCCCGCCCGGCCGGCCCCGAUACCGUGUGCGUGCUGGAGAGUGGAGACGGGGACCACCAGUGACGGCCGCCCGCCAUGUCGGAGGAGGCUUCGUUCGAGGCACUGCUGGCUCGCGUGGCCGGUGACGAGGGCCCGUGGCAGCGGCGCACGCUGGCGCGGGUCUCUCUGGCCGCGCUGCUGAUGGGCGCGCACAGCCUGGCGGCCGUGGUGCAGACGGCCACGCCGGCGCACCGGUGCGCCGAGCCGCCCUCCCUACUGCCGCUGCGCCUGCCGCCGGGCGCCUACAUCCCCACCGAGGUGACGGCCGACGGCCGGCGCCGCCAGGACUCGUGCCACAUGCUCAACGUCAGCGUCAGCACCCACGGCGAGCUGCUGAACGUCAGCGGCGCCGUGCCCUGCGAGCGGUUCAGCUUCGACCGCCAGCCGUACGGCCGUACCGUGGCCGUCGAGUGGGAGCUGGUGUGCCGGCGCGCGCCGCUGGUGGCCGCCGUGCAGUCCACGUUCAUGCUGGCCGUGCUGGUGGGCUGCCUGCUGUCGGGGGCGCUCAGUGACGUGUUCGGACGGCGCGCGGUCGCCUGGUGGUGCAGCCUGAUGACCCCGCUGGCCAGUCUGGCCGUGACCGGCGCCUCCUCUCUGACAGUGUUCCUGGUGCUGCGCGCCGUGCUUGGUCUCCUGCUACCCGGCACGUUCGUCUGUCUGCUGGUGCUGAGCACCGAGACGGUCGGCCCGGCGGCCCGCGGCGUGUACGGCAUCCUCUACCAGCUGCCGUUCGACGCCGGCCUCAUCCUGACCGCGCUGGCCGCCAUGGGGACGGGCACGUGGCGCGAGCUGCAGCUGCUGCUGUCGGUGCCGGCGCUGCCGCUGCCGCUGCUGCUACGCUCGCUGCCCGAGUCGCCGCGCUGGCUGCUUGGCCGCGGCCGGCUGGCUGAGGCCGCAGACGUGCUGGAGACGAUCGCCGAGGGGAACGGCCGUCCGGCGCCGGACCGGUCGCGCCUGCUGCGCCAGCUCGCCGCCUGCCAGCGGGCCGAGGGCGCGCUGCUCGGCGCUGGCCGCUCCCACAAGGCCCGGCGCAGCUGGUGCGCGGCGGCGUGCGGCGACUUUGUGCAGCUGUUCGCCACGCCGCGGAUGCGCGCCAUCAGCCUGGCGUGCUUCUGGUGCCUGCUGGUGGACGGCCUGAUCGCGUACGGGAUCUCCGAGGACGCGCCGCACCUGGGCGGCAGCGCGUACACGGCGCUGUUGCUCUCGGGCGGGGUCGGCCUGCUGGCCAUCGUCGGUGCGCUGCUGCUGAGCGGCUGCCUGGGCCGCCGGCCCACCGUGAUCGUGGCCGGCCUGGUGACGGCGCUGCCGUGCGCCGCGCUGCUGGCCGUGCCGCCGCGCUGGCGCUGGGCGCGCCUGGCGCUCGCCAUGGUCGCCCGGCUCGCCGUCUCCGCCGGUCAGAAGGUGCAGAACCUGUACUCGACCGAGCUCUUCCCGACGGCGCUGCGCAGCACCGGCUUCGGCGUGGGCGCCACGUGCACGCGGCUGGGCGCCGUGCUGGCGCCGCUGGUGAUCGCGGCGGCCGGCGGCGCCUACUGGGGCGCCCCGGCGGCCGUGUUCGCGGCCUGUGCCCUGCUGGCGGCGGCCGCGGCCUUCCGGCUGCCCGAGACACGCGGCAGACGGCUGCCCGAGUCGGUCGACGACGUCGAGUGCUGGGAGAUGUGAGCAGGGCUCAGGAAAACACAAACGAGAAGAUUCACUGCCAUGCUGCAUUCCUGCUUACGGUUUUGUGUAAAGGUGCUGCAGUCCGUGAGCCGGCUCGCGUCUAGGCGAGUCUAAAUUCGAACGUUCAAAGGAAGACGACAACUGACCGUUGAGCGCGGAAAGCGUUCAAUGUAAGUGAAUAUUGUAAAUAAGCUGCAGUGUUGAUAAGUGAAGACUGUGCCAAGGCAGCCCUGAGCUCCAGUACUCGCCCAUCU